CCACGUGGGCCGCAGAGCGCGCCGGGGCCAGCAGCCGGCCCCGUCGGCCCAAGGCCGGGCGCGGCGGCGCGCGCAUGCGUGCGUGCGAUUUGCGAUCAGGCAGCGCGGCGGACAGCCCCGGGAGCGGGGCGGGAGGGGGGAGGAGGAGUUAUAUUGCGGGGUCCUUCCUCGCUGGCCCGCUGGUUCCUCAAGGAGCGGAGACGGCAAAUGGCGGACUUCGAUACCUACGACGAUCGGGCCUACAGCAGCUUCGGCGGCGGUAGAGGGUCCCGCGGCAGUGCUGGUGGCCAUGGGUCCCGAAGCCAGAAGGAGCUGCCCACAGAGCCCCCCUACACAGCUUACGUAGGAAAUCUCCCUUUUAACACAGUUCAGGGUGACAUAGAUGCUAUCUUUAAGGAUCUCAGCAUACGGAGUGUGCGGCUAGUCAGAGACAAAGACACCGACAAAUUUAAAGGGUUCUGCUAUGUAGAAUUUGAUGAGGUGGAUUCCCUGAAGGAAGCUCUGACAUACGACGGUGCACUCUUGGGUGACCGGUCACUUCGUGUGGACAUUGCAGAGGGCAGAAAACAAGAUAAAGGUGGCUUUGGAUUCAGGAAAGGCGGACCCGAUGACAGAGGAAUGGGUGGCUCUCGAGAAUCUAGAGGUGGAUGGGAUUCCCGGGAUGACUUCAACUCUGGCUACAGGGAUGACUUCUUAGGGGGUAGGGGGGGCAGUCGCCCCGGGGACCGGCGAGCAGGCCCUCCAAUGGGGAGUCGCUUUCGAGAUGGCCCUCCCCUGCGCGGCUCCAACAUGGACUUCAGAGAACCCACAGAAGAGGAACGAGCACAGAGACCACGGCUGCAGCUCAAGCCUCGGACAGUGGCAACACCCCUCAACCAAGUAGCCAACCCCAACUCAGCCAUCUUCGGGGGAGCCAGGCCCAGAGAGGAAGUGGUUCAGAAGGAGCAAGAAUGAGCUUAGGUUGGGAGGGAAUGGGGCAUGGGGGAGCUGGAGCAAGACCACAGCCCAGCCUGGUGGCGGCCGGUCGCCCUGCAGGCCCCAUUCCCGCCUGGCACUGUCCUCCUUACAGCGGAAACACAGAGCUUGUGAGUGCAUGUCAGCUGUUAACAAGUGGUUUCUAGUACAUUCUUGGCUUUGCUAUAUCUAUCUAGUGCCUGUUUUGUGCUUUCUUUCUGUUUUCUUUCUCCUCCCUCUCACUCCUGCCCUCUCCCUGCUCCUUCCCGCGCGGCGGCAUGGGUGUGCUGGUCACGUGUGGAGGUGGGCAGGCUGAGGCGCUGCUUCAGCCUUCUUUGCUUCUUUCUUUCUCUCUUUCUUUCCUUACAUGCCCUAGCCACGCUCCGGGCGUGCUGUCCUCUGCUUUUUCUCAGAGCUUCUCUCCAACCUGCAUGUCGAGUUCUGUGUUGCUGUGGCUUCUGAGAAAGAGCUGGAGCCACUCGCUAGGUGGCUGGUGGUGACUUAUUGGUAUCCAGCUGGGAUGAGCAUCAGAAAUGGAGGCACCUUGCUUUCAAAACAAGGAAACAUGCCUGCUGGUCCUGACAGGCCGCUGUUGGGGGCCUGUCACCUGCCCCAGCAGCCUGUUCAGGCACAGGAGCUCCUGUCAAGCAGUGAGGCCAGAAGGGUGCAGGGGAUCUGGACAUGCUGCACUGGUGGUGACCUGAGUGCCAGCGGCCACGUGGCUUUGCUCCUGCUCGCUCGUAAGACCAAGUGCAAGCUCAUUCCCUGCUCUUCCUGGGCCACGGAGGCCCCUUGGGGGUGCAGCCCACUGCAGCUCAAUCCGCUUCCUACAGCUGAGGCCUGUGGGAAGCAGGGGUGGUGCUGGAGCUGCAGUGGGCAGCUGUGCUUGCACUGAGUCUGCGCUCUUUCCCGUGUGUCUGUCUGCUCCGGGGCACUUCGAGGCUGCUCCCCACCACAGCUCAAGGCCUAGAGUCUGGCACUUUAUCUGAUCAGAUGCACAGCUGUUGACCCUCAGUACCUGGGUGUCUAGAAACCUCUAGGCUUGCUGCCUCUUCUGUGGGACAGACCCUACUCCCACAGGUAGUGCUGAGCACUCACUUGGGAGCAAGGCGAUCAGGGUUUGCUUUUCGCUUGAACAGCUGUGUGUGAACAAAUAGAAAAUGAUUUGGCACCAAGUCCCAUCUGUUCUGAUUGGAGCAGUUAGGGGUCAGCCAGCCACUAGAGCCUUAGGGAAAGGGGGCUGAGAGGUGCGCGGCUUGCUUAGCUAGCAGCUUCCUGCCAGCCUACCCCUUGGCUUGUGAUUGUCUUUGUCGCAAGGUCUCGGCAAUUUACAGAACUCUCACUCCUUCCCUCGCCUGCCAUCUUCUCUGCUUCUGAGAUAAGAACCAUUUGUGUAACACCAAUACCUAACUUAAGACAGACAUGCAUCGCGUGGUUGUAAUCAAAGCUGAUGCUUUCAGAUGAUCUAAUCCAUCUCCAAUGCGGAAAAGACAGAACAGGCACGUCCAUCACACUGCUGGGCGCCCAGCUGACUGUAAGAAUGGAAUUCCAAACACUUAACACAUUCAGUUCUAUGACAGAAAGUGAGUCUAUGGAUAUGGUAUUUUGUGAAUGAUCUUUUAAAUAAAAGAGAACCUUACGUAACA